GUCAUCUUUGUGUCACCAGCCCAACCCUCCCCCAACGAAGCUACGGGCUCCGGCCUUUCAGCAUGUCAGAAUGACCUUAAUGGAGACUGGCUUCAUGACUAAACGUGGCCCUCCGUAAGGAACCACACUGCUGCACUUGGGAGUCACCUUCCUUGGUAAGGAGGCAGCGGCUCCCAGCUGUUGGGAAGAACCAAGGACCACACGUCUUCAUCGUCUGCAGGGCCAAAGCAUGUGGCAGCUGCUGACCCUGCUGGCCCUGUGGCUGGGCAUGGAGGGUGUGGGUGGAGUUGAGCUCACCACAGUGCAGCGCAGGGGUCUGCAGGUGGCCCUGGAGGAGUUCCACAAACACCCGCCUGUGCAGUGGGCCUUCCAGGAGACCAGUGUGGACAGUGCCGAGGACACACCCUUCCCAGCGGGCACCUUUGUAAGGCUGGAAUUCAGGCUCCAACAGACAGGCUGCCGGAAGAAGGACUGGAAGAAACCAGAGUGCAAAGUCAAGCCCAAUGGGAGGAAGCGAAAAUGCCUGGCUUGCAUCAAACUGGACUCUGAACAUAAAGUUCUGAGCCGGAUGGUCCACUGCCCCAUAGAGACACAAGGCCAGCAGGAGCCCCUGGAGUCCCAAUGCAUCAAGGUGCAACGGGCUGGCGAGGACUCCCAUAGCUUCUACUUCCCUGGACAGUUUGCAUUCUCCAAGGCGCUGCCCCCAAGCUGAGCCCUGGACUGAAUCUGGGCUGGCUUCCUGGACAGCAACAGUGGCCCAUCCUCCCAGGCAGAAGACCCACUGCACCCAGAGCCAAUAAAACUGUUCUAUAAGCCUA